CAGCUCCGACUACAAAUCCCAGGCUCAUCUUGCGGCGUCCGCAGUGAUACUGGGUGGGGGCUGCGGUGAGGUAAUGUGCCAGUGGGUUGGGUCCAGAACGGGGGCUGACAGCGUAUUCUCCUAGUACCAGCACCAGCGGGAGCGGCACAGAUAGCUUGCAUCCGGCUGCAUGCGGCCAAGGGACCGGCCGGGUGGACCGCGGAUACGGAUAAUAGCAGGAGGGAUAAAGGAGGUGUCUGCAGGAACCGGCCGGUUAACGGUGCAUUUAGAUAACGGCGUGCAUUUAUCCAGCGCCUCCUUUUAACGCUGUCCAUUGUCCAUUUAAACAGCGCUGCAUAUUCCGACAGAGCAGUAAUGAUGCAUAUGCGGCUCGGGCUUGUCAGCGACGCCUUGCAGCCUUAUAUUUUAUGACUUCAGUUCCCGAAAUUUCCUCAAUCUGAAGGAAGCUUGAAUUUUAUCGUUAGUGUCGAAGAUGUCAAAGAUUAAAAAUUGCGAAACGGUCAAAGUGGUGGUGAGAUGCCGCCCACUGAACCGGAGAGAGGAAGCGACCGUCAACGAGAGCAUCGUGAAUAUGGAUGUAAAAUUGGGACAAGUGUCCUUACGGAACCCGAGGGCACCUACGGGGGAGCUGCUUAAAACGUUUACGUUUGAUGCCGUCUACGAUGCCAGCUCGAAACAAAGCGACCUGUACGACGAGACUGUCAGACCCCUCAUAGACUCGGUGCUACUUGGCUUCAAUGGGACUAUAUUCGCCUACGGUCAGACUGGUACGGGAAAAACGUACACCAUGCAGGGCUUGUGGCAGGACCCGGAGAAACGAGGCGUCAUCCCAAAUUCCUUCGAGCACAUUUUCACACAUAUAUCUCGAUCUCAGAACCAGCAGUACCUGGUCAGGGCAUCAUAUCUGGAAAUUUACCAAGAGGAAAUCAGAGAUCUCCUAUGCAAAGAUCACUCGAAAAAACUUGAGCUCAAAGAAAAUCCAGAGUCAGGUGUUUACAUCAAGGACCUCUCCUCUUUUGUGACCAAAAAUGUCAAAGAGAUCGAGCACGUCAUGAAUGUGGGCAACCAGACCCGGUCCAUUGGAUUCACCAACAUGAAUGAGCACAGCUCCAGGUCACACGCUAUUUUCGUAAUCACGGUAGAGUGCAGCGAGAUGGGCCUCGACGGCGAGAACCACAUCCGUGUUGGGAAGCUCAACCUGGUGGAUCUGGCCGGUAGCGAGAGGCAGAGCAAGACGGGGGUGCAGGGGGAGCGACUUAAGGAGGCCACCAAGAUUAACCUGUCCCUCUCCGCCCUGGGCAAUGUCAUCUCCGCCUUGGUGGAUGGAAAGAGCACCCACAUCCCCUACAGGGACUCAAAGCUCACGCGGCUGCUUCAGGACUCCUUGGGGGGCAACGCUAAGACCAUCAUGGUGGCCACUCUCAGCCCCGCCUCCUCAAGCUAUGAGGAGACCCUGACCACACUCAGGUACGCCAACCGGGCCAAGAACAUCAAGAACAAACCACGGGUCAAUGAGGACCCUAAGGAUGCCCUUCUCCGGGAGUUCCAGGAAGAGAUAGCCAGGCUGAAGGCCCAGCUGGACAAGAAGGGCAUGCUGACCAAGAAGCGAAGGCGCAACAGCCGGAGGCUGAGGAGGAGCAUGGAUGGGGAGGAGGCGAUGGAUGGGGAUGGGGAAGAGGAGAUCGAGACAGACAGCAUGGAGAAGGACAUGGAAGAGUACAUGAAGGAGCAGGAGGAGAAGCUGGAGCUGGAGAAAGCUGCCAUAAGGGACGACCGAAGCCUAGUCGCUGAGGAGAAGCAGCGUCUCCUGGAUGAGAAGGAGAAGAUGAUGGCCGACCUGAGAACGGAGCAGGAAGCGACGGAAAAGCUAACAGCUAAAUUCAAGGCCAUGGAAAGCAAGCUCCUGGUUGGAGGGAAAACCAUCAUGGACCACACCAACGAGCAGCAGAAGAUGCUGGAGCUGAAGAGGCAGGAGAUCGCUGAGCAGACGCGCUGCGAGCGAGAGAUGCAGCAGCAGAUGUUGCUGCAGGAUGAGGAGACGGUGGAGCUGAGAGAGACCUUUUCCUCACUACAGCAGGAGGUGGAGCUCAAGACUAAGAAGUUGAAGAAGCUGUUCGCGAAGCUGCAGGCCGUGAAGGCGGAGAUCAUGGACGUCAACGACGAGCACGUGAAGGCCCGGCAGGAGCUGGAGCAGACCCAGAAUGAGCUCACCAGGGAGCUCAAGUUCAAGUACCUGAUCAUUGAGAACUUCAUCCCACCUGAAGAGAAGAACAAGAUAAUGAACAGGCUCGUCUUUGAUAAUGAGGAGGACCAAUGGAGGUUCCAGCCUCUCGUUCCUGCUGAGAAUAAAUUCAUGCAGAUGAAAAGGAGACCAGCUUCAGCGGUGGGCUACAAGCGGCCAAUCAGCCAGUAUGCCCGCAAUGCGAUCGCCAUGGGGAGUCUCUCCCGGUACCGGGCUGAGAACAUCAUGCUGUUGGAGCUGGACAUGACCCCACCCGCCGUGUUCCACCUGGACUUCCCCAAGAAACACCUGGAGCAGGACCUGGCGCUGCAGCUGAGCAGAGACCUACUGCUGGACAACGCCACCUACAGGGAGAUGGCUGCCGCCACGCGAGUCAAAAAGUCUCGGUCCUGGUGUCAGACCCCACGUGUGAUCCUGCCCUCGCCUUCUACCUGCUCUCUGGCUUCAAGGCCUCAAGCCCCCCAACACGAGCAGGGGGCUGCUUCCAGCCCCUCCCAUCCAUGACGAGCCACCACCCCCACCUUGGAGUGGCCUGGCUCAUUCUCAUGUCCUCUGGGUUCUGUACUCAAAGCCUCUUAACUUGUGUUGUGUUUCUUGUCGCGGGAACCUUCUGUAACAGCAACAAACUGAACAGCGCAGCCUCUGUCCAAUGUACUAUAAUCUGAACCAGGGAAGACACUAAUCUGAUGAGCAUGUUGUCCGGUAUAGGUUUUUAACACAGUGCAGCCCCCCCCCCCCCCCCCCCCACCAGACAAAUAGACACACACACACACGCAGUGUAGGCCUCACUGCUGCAGUUACACAUAUUAAGCUUCUCCUCAAUGGAUUCCCUGGAAGCUAAGUGCUCGAAUUUCUCUUCAGAGAAGCAACACUGAAACUACUUGAAAAAUCAGUUUACUGUUAUGCGUGGGGCCCAUGUUAGCAUGGAGUCUAUAUUAGCAUGGGGCCCAUGUUAGCAUGGAGUCAAUAUUAGCAUGGGGCCCAUGUUAGCAUGGAGUCCAUAUUAGCAUGGGGCCCAUGUUAGCAUGGAGCCCAUGCUAGCGUGUAGUCCAUAUUAGCACAACACCUGUGUUAGCACUGAGUCCACGUUAGCGUGGGUCCAUGUUAGCAUGGAGUCCAUAUUAGCGUGGGGGUCAUAUCAGCAUGGAGUCCAUAUUAGCAUGGGGCCUGUGUUAACAUGAAACCUGUGUUACCGUGAGGUUCGUGUUAACACGGGAUCCAUGUUAUUGUGGGUGUAUAUUGGUAUAGGGCCUGUGUUAAUAUGGAGCCUGUCUUACCAUGGUGUCUGUAUUGACAUAGGGCCCAUGAUAGUGUAGCACCCAUUUAAGCACAGAUUACAGGUCUAAGGGUGUCUUUACACUUUUUCAAAGCAAACUUUUGAUUUUUCAAAAGUAUUUCAGAGCUUGAAUUCUAAUAUUUACCAUGGAUAACCCUGUUAGCUGCACAUGUAAAAUCCUAAGCAUAUACCAGUUUUGAAAGAGACACACAAAACAAUAUCAGCUAUAGUUAGAUUUUACUAAGAUUAUUCAUUAACAAUUGACAUCACCAAUCAAAUGUCCUAUAAAAGGUGGCAGGUAGGUUGAUCAGACAUGGUGUUACUAUGAACUGUUUAAGUUCCCACAUACGAGUUGUUUUCCUGAUAUUAUGAUACCAUGGAGCUGGUAUAACCUGACAUAUAAGAAAGGAAAGAGGAUAUAUUCAUUGACAGAAAGAAAUACCAACAAUGUUGAAGUAAUAAUCUCAUGGUGUAAAUACUGUUUUCCGGAGCCCUGAUUUCCGAUGUAUGUGUCCUGUUUCAUUUCUAAGUGAGUAAGACCACUAAAACCUGAAGACAACAUGUAAGCAUUUGAAGGCAUGAAGUAACAGCUUCAAUUCAGGGGAGGUGAGCUGCCCAUAACAGUGAGGGGGUGAAGAGACACGGUUAUUAUUAUUAUUAUUUUUAAUAUUUUCAAUGUAGAUGGUUCAUUUGGAUAAUAGUUCUGUGAAAAUAGGAGUGGUAUUAGAGGCAGACUUGUUAACGUGAUAAUCGUUUACUUCCUCUGAGGGUUACCCGAAAGCCAGGGUUCUCAGCAGAAACUAAAGCUCUCCUCCGGGUAAGGGGAUAUGACCGGCACUGCGGGCGGUGUGCCGUAUGCGCUGACAGCGGGGAUAAGUUUAGGAUUACACUAAUUAAUAUAGGACUGGUUAAGCGGGACAAUGGAGAUGAAUCUGGCAGAGAAAUUCUGAAUGAAUUAUUGAUUCUGCCCACUGAAAGGGCUGCAAAUUAUCAUGAAGACCACCUUUGGCCGUACAGGCAAGAACAACAACCUUGCUCUUCAUCUAUGUCUGCCUUUUGACUGUUCUUCCGUUUUCCGCUCGGCUACUGGACACGUGUCAGAAUGAAGUCAAGUGCAUCUAGGUUUUCCUGACUUGUCAGUUUAACUUAUUUUGUGUACUUUUUAAAGGUUGUCCCGGGAACUGAAAUAUACAUCAUGAGCAUACCGUCAGUGUUUAUUACUGCAAAAAUGGAGCAAGUAUGACUUCUGCAGGGUUGAAAAAGAAAGAGGCAGUCUUCAAGUAAUUGUGUUUACGUCGCUGUCUCUGCAUGAUUCAUUAGGUCAGUGUUUUGCAAUCCGGUCCUCGGCGACCCACAGUCGGUCCGUGUUUUUGCUCCCUCCGAGAUCCCAGCCAGACAGUCCAUAUUUCCUCCCGAGGACCAGAUUGGGAAGCACUGCUUUAGGGGAUAAUUUAGCAACAAAUCGGGGUUUUCCCAGCAUCUUGACCUGAGGCUGUGUGGAUCAUAGGAGAUAGACGCUAAAUGUAAACCACUGACUCAUGCUGCAUCUUACAUGGUGAGCAGAGUCUCCACCUACAGCAAUCUCUAAUCUGCACUCGUGGGACAGCAGAUGGAGUAGCAGAACACACCUGUCCAAACGGUCAUUGGCAAAUGUUGCUUUUAAAGAACCAGUACUUUUUGGAAAGGACCACCACUCACCAAAGAGUUAAACCUUUUGUCUGUCAAAAUAAACCCCUAAAACAACCAGGCUUUAAUCCACAUGUAAUAGAAUAGAAAUACCAACAGUAAAUCCAAGGACGCCAGCCAUUUUGCACAAAACAUUACAAAAGACAUAUACAAGGUUAAGCAAACAUCCGCAAUGACUUAUAUGCCCUAAACAUCCCUGGCGUGUGGUACUCCCAUUUUUUCAGUCCUUGCUCUAUUUUGCGGUCUCUCGUUUGGCCUUCAGGCCUCCUGCUGGUGACUGACUGUUAUUGCAGGUAUAACAAUUCGUGUUCUCUUUUUUUCCCUACGGCCAAACAAUGGCCGUGUAUAACGCAGUGCUGAGACAGAGCCCAGGUAGCAUGAAUGUGUCACUGCAAGAGCACAGGUGACACCGUACGCUAUCACUGGCAGUUCAAGCCCAGGAAAAUGUCCCUGCUUCCAUCCCAUUAAAUGCAUUUUUGCUGAACCUGUCGCAUAACAAUCAGGCACUGAGACCCACGUCCUGCCCCACCAGCAUUUUGCAAAGGCCCAGAACUUGCCUCGAGGGGACCCGCGGUUCUUCUGAUGCGUGAGCGCGCUGGCGCGUGGGCACGGGUACGUGACACGGGUGUGGACGGAUGACGUGGCUUGGCUGCCAUGCUGUGUUUGCUGCCAAUAUGCAAACAGCUGCCUCAGUGACACCUCGGGGCCUUGUCGUUGUGCCGCUUUUCAUUGAGCACAACGGUACGUGUCUCGCUGAUGCUUCUUUACUGCUGUAUAUAAGUACACCAAGCUGGGCUGCGGCUCACUUCGCCUCGGCUUAGGAGCCGUCCUUUCUCAGAACACGAAGCCAAUCCUAUUACUGCUCUGAUGUCACUCUCCUACAUUUGUUGUAAUUAUGUGUGCGGACGACGGGACAGACCCAUCUCUGUAUUACAGCUCUGCACAGUCAAGGAAUAGAAUAACUCGCAUUUUAAUUGAAUUGCAAGCAAAAUGCACACGAUGCAUUGUAAAUACUUAAGUUCUUUGAAUAUUUUUUUUUUUUGUAAAAUAAUUAGGAUUUUCAUAUUUGUGCGUAGUACUUUUUGAACGCCUUUGUUGCACGCCUCACCUUAAUCUCGGAUGAUCUGAGUGACUCCCGAAUGCACAGGAAAGCAGCUGUAGGGAAAUUCUGGAGAGGACACGAGGACCAAAAAGGUUUUUCCUGUUUCUAUGGCAAUGUGUUUGACAUGAGAAUGGAUUUCUGUGGCUCGCCUCUUUUCUCUUUAUUUUGUAUAUUUAUUUAUUUCUCUUUUCCGCUACCAUUUUAUGCUAUCCUAUGAAUCCUGCUUGUCUGUAAACUGAUGAAGGAAAUGAAUAACGCAAAUGAAGUGCUACAAGAGAAAGCCUAAUAAACGUACACUUAAAAGAAA